GAGACGAGAGUUAGUAGCAUCGCCAGCAACACUUCGAUCGCAUCCCGCGCAGCACGCAAAGCACGUUUGACCGCCGAGCAGCGUUGACGUUGUCAUCAUCGUCGUCGCCAUUAGUGUGAACUGAGUGUGAACCUCGAACGUGCGUAAAGUACACUACACAGCAGGCCAUCGAUCGUGACUUGUUCUUCUGCCGUUCCGCCGGAGAACUCCGGAGUGAAGUAGUGUAUCCAGUGAGUUUUUUGUUGUUGUGUGGCAAAUCCAGCCAGAACCAGAACCAGCGGCGAGCGAAUCCGGAUCAAAAUGUGGUCCAAACUGUUUCUAGCAACGUUCCUGCUAGGGUUAACGCUAGCGGACAAGCAGAACGCGACCGAACAAUCGGUGGCCGCAGACGCCGCUGGUGCCGCCAAGGAAAAGCGACAGACGGAACACGAGACGCGAUCGAUUCCACUCUCGCUAAUUGCCAGCCGUCGCCAGCAGCCACAUCAGCACCAUCAGCAGCAGCAGCAGCAGCAGCAGCAACAGCAGCAACAGGAGUACUAUCAGAGUGAUGAAGCGACCGCACAGUACUAUGCACAGGCGCAACCGAGCGGUGGUCAGCCUAUCUACAAGACGUCCCCGGUUGGACACAAAGCCGGAGCCUCUCAGGAGCAGCCCCAGUACCAGGAGCUUCCUCCCGAGUACAUCAGUCUGCUGCACCAACUGGCCGAGCAUCAGCCGAAAGGGGCUGCGGCCAAACAGGGCAAGGCUGUCGUCCAGCAGCAGCAGCAGCACCAGUACGAGCAGCAGCAAAGUCACGCUCAGCAUGCCAACCAGAACCAAAUCCAGUACAUCACCGAGGAGGAGUACGCGCAGCUGCUGAAGCAAGCCCAGCAACAGCAACCUAGCCCCGCCGCCGUUCCUCAUCAUCAGCACCAUCAGCACCAGCAUCAACCGCAGGGCCUGCCAGCAUACGGUAGACCUUCAGGCCAUGGUCCAGCUGCGCACAAGUAUCGUCCAGCGAUUCAGCUGCUGGAAACGACCGAAGAUCAACCGGGAUCGUACGGACAGGGUGUGGGUGGUGAGGGUGGUGGCGAGCAGUAUCGUAUCCAGUACAAGAGCAUCCAGCAAUCCGGCACAGUGACGCCCGUCGCCAAACCAAUUAGCUCUUUUUCCUUCGAAAAGGAACUCGCUAAGUUGGUGGAAUCCAAUCGACCGCUUCCGUACCGUCCGCUGGCUCACGCUCAUCCUGGCCAUCACGAAGGGGCACAUGAGGGCCAACAACGCUACGGACCGACACCGAGUCCACAGUCGCAUGAGUACACGUUCGUGCAGGCUGGUCCUGGCCAGGUCCAUGAUCACGGUGCACCGGUGCACCAGCAUCCGAAACACUCCAAAGCGCAGUACAUUGCUCCGUUCGCCCAAGGACAACCGUUGACGGGACCGAAAAUUACGCCCGCCCAUCUGCAGGUUGGACCGCAGAAGUUCAGUUCCGAUAGUCCGCCGGCCCAGAAGUAUCAGUACAUUGCGAGCCCUGAGGCCGUUGCACCGAAGGGACACCAUGCGCACUCGCAGCACUACCAUCAGGCACCGUCGCAUCAGGGACAGCAGUACUUUGCUGAAGUCUCCCCUAAGCAGCACGCUGGAACUCCUUCGCCCAAGAUUCAGUAUUACGUUCCGAAGGAGAAGAACGUUCAGGUGUACUACCAGCAACAGCAACAGCAGCAGCAGCAGCAACAGCAGCAGCAACUGAAGGAACAGCAAACGAUCGAGCAACACUCGCCCCAGCAUCCGAUGAAGAUUGUCGAGGCGCCACAGCUGCAACACGAGAAACCACAGAAGACCGUUCAAUCGCUGCAUCGUCCACGACCGGCUGACCAGCAGCAGCAGCAUCGAUAUGCGCCACGUGAAAAGCAACAAGAUCCGAGUCCGAUCUCGAGCGAUCCGCACGCUCCUUCCCGUUCGGCCAUCUUUGUGUCGCAAUCGACGGGAGUGAAUCAGGCCACGGCUGCCGCUACACCAGCCCCGGCAGCACACUACGGUGAUAAGCAACUGAAGGUGCCGCCAAAGAUUGAUCGUCCGCUGACGCAGGAGGAAUUCCAAGCGCUGGUUGAUGCCGGUUACUCCGUGGUGCCAGUUCCGGUACCCGUCCCCGUGCCAAUUUCUCAGUACCGGGCCCAACAGGCAGCCCUUGCCGAAGCUGGUCGUGGUGCGCCACAUCCGACGCCAUCGUCCGCUGGUCGACAGGUAGCGCAAGCCUCUCGCUAUCAUCUGCACCAGUUGGCCACGGCCGAGAAUAACCCUAACCAGGUCGUCACGUAUCUGCGCCCGCUCCAUCUCGAUCCAUUCUCGGCCGGUGUGCGUGGACCGCAUAAGGCUGCUCCCUAAGAGGAGCGAGCGCCGGUGGAGAGGAUGCUCUCUCUCGGUCUCGUGAUAAGGACGCACAGACUCGACGAAAGGAGACGGAUCGAACUGCGGUUGGAAAGGCACGCGAGGGUGACGAUCGAUCAAUCUCUAGCUCUAGCGAGUAGCGGAACCAAAUAGCGUAUAGUAUUGUUUAAUUUAUCGACGCGAGAUCCAAGUGAUGGCCGCAGUAGGACGAGAUGAAGGAGGGGAAGCCAUUACGAUGCGAGCAGUAUUCUGUACCAUAGCGGAUGGGACCUUCUAGCCCAAUUUUCCGGCAAAAAACACUAGGCUAGAACAAUUCUAAAACGUCUGUUCUUCAGUUUAACGCUCGGCAAAUUCGGCCGUUUAAGCGGAUGCUCUAGACUAUCUCCAUCUGAUCGUUAAUUUAUUCAGUAAGCAUUUUGCAUCUACCCCCUGUACGAAACGAAUGUCCCAGAAGUUUUUUUUAUUUUGUGCGAAGAAAUAAACACAAAUCAAUUUGUACUAUUUAAGAUUGGUUUUCGUACUUACUUUGCAGUGUGGCAUGAUAGAAAAGAAAGAACAAGAUCGAAAAAAUGGUUCUGUAAACAUGUAGAAAAAAUAAGUGGAUCAGAAUUAAAAAAGCUGAAGACGAAUUGAGAAGUGGUUUACCUUACAAGAAUUUGAGCCUAUGCUGUAAAGCCGCCUCCUAUUAAAUACCGAAAUAUAAAUACUCACGUAGCAACAACACAAUUUAAUAUAAACAUGCUCUACAUCCAUUAUAAUAAUGCGUGAGAACGCAUCUACGCACUUUUACAGUAACUGUUGUUUCAGUUAGCAAAAUGAAUUCAUAUAUCUUCUUAUAAAUAAAAACAAGUUCGUAUGUUUGUUUGUGCG